CCGGCGAUAUUAGCUAGCACUCGCUCACGGUAUUCUCUGCAAAAGGGAAGACGGCAACUCAAGAAAAUCAACACCUGGAUUGUUAAAAGGACUGUACCUCAAUUCAUUAUUACCGACCGAGGAAGGAUUAUUAAGCUGUAAACGUUACAAGCGACGUUUAAUAUUUUUGUUGGGUGUCUGUUGUCUCAUGAUGGAAGAAAACGGUGCACAUUUCUUUGAGGGGACCGAGAAGCUGUUGGAGGUGUGGUUCUCUCGGCAGGAUGAGACCAAAGGAACCGGGGACCUCCGUACCAUCCCAAGGUUUGAGUGGGACAAACUUUUGGAGAAUGUGCAUUGUUUGAUCAUAAGUGUGACAAAGACUGACAAGCAGGAAGCUUAUAUACUCAGUGAGAGUAGCAUGUUUGUCUCCAAGAGACGUUUCAUUUUGAAGACGUGCGGAACCACCCUCUUGCUGCAAGCACUGGUCCCUCUGCUGGAACUGGCCAGGGAGUACUGCGGCUUUGACGCCAUCGAGAAUUUCUUCUACUCCCGCAAGAACUUUAUGAAGCCAACUCAUCAAGAGUUCCCUCAUCGAAACUUCCAGGAGGAGGUGGACUUUCUCAGCCAGAUUUUCCCAAAUGGUGCAGCCUACUGCAUGGGCCGUAUGAACUCUGACUGCUGGUACCUCUUCACCCUGGACUUGCCAGAGUUCUGGGAAAACAAGCAUGCAGAUCAGACAUUGGAAGUUCUGAUGAGUGACCUUGAACCAGCCAUUAUGGACCAGUUCUUUAUGAAAGAUGGUGUUUCUGCAAGUGAUGUCACUCGUAUGAGUGGAAUUCGUGACCUGAUACCAGGUUCUGUGAUCGACGCCACAAUGUUCAACCCAUGUGGAUACUCAAUGAAUGGAAUGAAGACUGACGGAACAUACUGGACCAUCCACAUUACUCCUGAGCCGGAGUUCUCCUAUGUCAGCUUCGAAACCAACCUCUCCACAACGUCGUAUGAUGAUUUGGUUCGGAAAGUGGUAGAUGUGUUCAAGCCAGGAAAAUUUGUGACUACCCUUUUCGUCAAUCAGAGCUCCAAAUGUCGCAGUGUCUUUACUUCUGCCCAGAAACUUGAGGGCUACAAGCGUCUCGACCGCCAGUUGGCUCAGUUCAAUGAUUACAAUUUUGUCUUCACCAGUUACGCCAAGAACCGGCAGCAGAACCAACAGAGCUGAGGGUUGAGGAUGAGGAAGAGAAAGAGGCAUAAAAAGAAAGGCGGCUGCACGGGGCUGUCCCGCCGCAGCCGGCCUUAUCCCCCAGUAGAGAGCUUGUUGUCCUCCUCCUUCCCCCUCGUCCUCCACCUCUGCUGCAGUCAUCAUUCAGAAUCUGCUGGUGCUGAUGCUGAUGCAGUCACUAGCCCUAGUUUAAUCUCCAGUUUGAGUUUUUUGCAUUGUUGUACCUGUGACUUAGAUCUCUUGCAUGAAUGCUCUUUUCUCUGUUUUGAUAUUCUAGCUCACUCUUGCUGUGAUCUUGAAGUGCAUGUAGAGGAAUUAAACACGCUCUGUUUGAGGCUGUCCACCUGUGCCCAGUACAAUAGUCCAUUCCUGCAGGUCUCCCCCCUCAUCCCCCACAGACAAGGCUUCCGCCCGCACUAGGCCUGGGCCCUGACAUGCUCAGAUCCGUCUGCCUCUUUAUGAACCCAACCCGCGCCGACUGGUUUGCUUUCCAGUGUGACAAUUAAUAUUAAUUAAUCACUAUCAAUGAUUGUGAGCACUUUAAACCCAGUUUACUCAUGAUACUAAAAUGAGGCCAAACUUUUGCCUCAGGUGUUAUUGAAUGUAUAAGUCCUGGUAAGCUUUUGGCCAUUCUUAUCGUUGUCGCUUUUCAUAUUAGAGUUUUGUUGAAAACGAAUGCUAUACCUGCUGUUUGUCAAUAUUGGAUUGGUUUGCAGUAUGUUGGUCAGUGUGGUCUUUGCUUGCUGUAAACUGCACUAGAGCAGAUUUCUGCUUUGCUGGGCUUUGAAGCAGUGCACCUGCAUGCUUUCAAUAAUUCGUGCUUCCUUACCUGUACAAUCAUUUAGUUUGUGUGGAUACAAAUGGACAAGCUUUUAAAGUUGUAUGCCUGGAAAAUGUAUUUAUGUAUGAAUCAUUUAAGAUAUACGCACUUUUUGGCACCCAAGCUUCUGUGUUUUACAGUGUAUCUAUAAGAAGCUUCUGGGUCUUUAAUCCCCCACCCCAAAUUUCAUUGAACUCUAAAUUUCUACAUUCACAUAAAUUGGUUAAAUGGAAAGUCUUCAAACUGAAUGUAGCACAGUCCAUGUGAAGUGGCCUGUCCAGCCGUCUUUCGAAUGUACACUUCUCUAGAGAAGAGCCUGGACCAGGCUGAAUGUACGACCCCACCACCACCGCCCACACAGAACGCUCACAAUGCCCUCUGCUGACCAGCCAUUGUCCGACUGGCAGCAGGUCUCCCCUGGCCAGAGUCAGACUGUCAGCUGGCCCCAGCAGCGUGACAUAACGAGAGCCGCUGCUCCUGGCUACGCCUGCGCCCCACUCUGAAUGGGAAAUAAUGAAUCAGACACUUUUUGCUUAGUUGCCCAGCAAAGCAUUUUUCUUUUUCCCACAUAAUAUCCAUCCUCUCUCUGUCUCUUUCCGCCCCAUACAGAAAUCUGUAAAUGCACAAUAGAGGCCCACCAGUCUGAGCAUGCCAGGGUGAUCCCGGAUCAUUCCACAUGUAACCGCUGCAUAAACUGCCAUUUUAUUAAUUUUAUUGUGUCCAGACAUUUUUUGCAGUGAAUUGGUCGAGUAGCAGUUUCUUUUCUUUUUGUCUGGAUCAGUGCCCUUUGUUCAUUGAGGGGGGAAAUCCUGUGACACUAUGGUGCAUGUGACUACUAGUGCCGUGCUUGCUUGACAGUGUAGUGUAGCGCCGUCUCUUCUUCCAAAUUUGUCAGUAGGUCUGUGUGCUUCACCUUCUUCUUUCACCAGCUGAAAUUGUAGUUGGAACUGCCCCAUCCUGAUGAAUUUUGGAUAGACGGGGAGUUUUUUGUUUUUUUUCUAAAAGGGGUCAGGUUAAUUUGUAAUCAAUCUUAUUUCAAGUUGUGUACAUGUGCUGAAAGCAGGCUAGGUUUCCUAAUUUAUGACAUGAUGUCAAACGUCCAAGGUUUGUCUCCUCCGCCUGCCAUUGAGCUGCGUGGUGGUUCCUGAUGCUUCUGCCAGAGAAUGCAGUUUGAAUUUUGAAUUGGAGAAGACACAGUGGGAAUUUAACCUGCUUUCAGCCCUGCAGUACAUUUUCUCUAUAUAUUUACCUACUACAGUGCUAUGGUAACUUAAGGUUGGAACAGUUCAUGUAAGAACUGGCACUUGGAAUAGUUCGCUCUAGUUUGUCCGUCAUGGCUUUUUGGAGUGGUUUCAUUCUUUUCCUGAGGACCAAUCUCUGCUCUUACAUGAACAACUCCUUACUGUCACAUUUAAACUAUCACUGUUUAAAACUACUGACUAAGUUAAAUGCCGACUGCUCUGGGAUUAACUACAUUUUAGCCUUGUUGGUGUGGAUCAUAGCGACUUUUUAUUAUUUUAUAUAUAUAUAUAUAUAUAUAUACUGUGAACUCGAAGCAUUUUUUGCAUUUUGAACAGUAACAGAAUUUUAUACAAAAUAUAUUUUGUAUUUUUGCUGCGGACCAAUCUUUAUUUUUCUUCCCCCGUUUCUGUCCAAAUGUAAAAACCAAUAUUCAGAACUAGGUUAUUAUGAAUUAAGGGAUGAUCCUUUUCAGAGUUGACUAAAUCAUGUGGGGUUUUUUUCACUCUUUCCUUUGUGAAUUUUUGAAAAAUUCCAGAGGAAGGGAAUGUGAAAGUUCCCCCCCCUAUGUGAGAGAGGGUACCGUUGCAGGAUGUAUCACGAUGUACUAAAGGAGAAACUUUGCUGUUCUAAUUCUUUCUUUUGCUGUUCUUUGGAUGGUCAAGAUGUGCUAAAUAUCUGUGCUACGAGUUUGACGCUUCAAUAAAAGAUACUUAUCUGUGCAAA